ACGAGGACUGUACUGUGGAGUGUGGAGAGGAGAGAGAGAGAGAGGCGAGGACGCCACUCCGCUCCGCCGCCGUGUCGCCGCGCGCCCCUCGCCGUCAACGAUCGAUCGAGCGCAGCGGGUUCACAUGAGUCUCAUCCUUUCACAGCGGCGCCUCGCCGCCGCUGUCCGGCGGUCAGGCCCCAUCGCGCUGGCCUCCAGGUGUUUGCACUCGCCGCCAUUUGCGACAGUGUCACCUGAGGAGAUUUCGGGUUCGAGCCCCGCGGAAGUGCAGAAUUUUGUGCAGGGUAGUUGGACAGCGUCCGGUAACUGGAAUUGGUUAGUUGAUCCUCUAAAUGGUGAAAAGUUUAUCAAAGUUGCUGAGGUUCAGGAAGCAGAAAUAAAGCCAUUCGUAAAGAGUUUAUCUAAUUGCCCAAAGCAUGGACUUCACAACCCACUUAGAGCUCCAGAGAGGUAUCUCAUGUAUGGAGAUAUAUCUGCAAAAGCUGCAAACAUGCUUGCUCAACCUGUGGUUUCAGAUUUCUUUGCUAAACUUAUUCAAAGAGUAUCUCCAAAGAGUUAUCAGCAAGCUCUUGCAGAAGUUCAAGUCACACAAAAAUUUUUGGAGAACUUUUGUGGAGAUCAGGUACGCUUUCUGGCUCGAUCAUUUGCUGUACCUGGUAAUCAUCUUGGACAAAGCAGCAAUGGUUACCGUUGGCCAUAUGGUCCGGUUGCAAUAAUCACACCGUUCAAUUUCCCUCUGGAGAUUCCCUUACUGCAAUUAAUGGGGGCUCUGUAUAUGGGAAAUAAACCUGUCCUCAAAGUUGAUAGCAAAGUUAGCAUUGUGAUGGAACAGAUGCUCAGGUUGCUACACGCAUGUGGGAUGCCAGCAGAGGAUGUGGACUUCAUAAAUUCUGAUGGUAUCACGAUGAACAAACUGCUGUUAGAGGCAAAUCCAAAAAUGACCCUCUUCACUGGGAGCUUACGUGUAGCAGAGAAGUUGGCUGCUGAUUUGAAAGGCAAAAUCAAAUUGGAAGAUGCUGGUUUUGAUUGGAAAAUUCUUGGUCCAGAUGUUCAAGAGGUUGAUUACAUUGCAUGGGUUUGUGACCAGGAUGCAUAUGCUUGCAGUGGUCAGAAGUGCUCUGCUCAGUCUAUUCUAUUCAUGCAUAAGAAUUGGUCUUCCAGUGGGCUGCUUGAUAAAAUGAAAAAUCUUUCUGGAAGAAGGAAGCUUGAAGACUUGACCAUUGGCCCAGUCCUUACUGUUACGACGUCAAGCAUGAUAGAGCAUAUGAAAAAUCUUCUCAAAAUACCAGGAUCAAAGGUUCUGUUUGGUGGUGAACCUCUUGAGAACCACUCUAUCCCAGAAAUAUACGGUGCCUUCAAACCAACUGCUGUGUUUGUUCCUCUAUCAGAAAUCCUUAAAAGUGGGAACUUUGAGCUUGUGACAAGGGAGAUCUUUGGUCCUUUCCAGGUGGUUACAGAAUACUCUGAUGAUCAGCUUGAAUUAGUAUUGGAGGCCUGUGAAAGGAUGAAUGCUCAUCUGACAGCUGCAGUUGUUUCAAACAACCCUUUAUUCCUGCAGGAAGUACUUGGGAGAUCAGUUAACGGGACGACAUACGCUGGCAUUCGAGCAAGGACUACUGGUGCUCCACAGAACCACUGGUUUGGACCUGCUGGUGAUCCAAGAGGUGCUGGGAUCGGAACUCCAGAAGCCAUUAAACUCGUUUGGUCUUGCCACAGGGAGAUCAUAUAUGACAUUGGGCCCUUACCUAAGAACUGGGCCUUACCUUCCGCUACAUAAUGAUAUUAUCGUCAAUGCUAGUUAGCUUGGAGUAGAAAGGCACUUUCAGUAGGAAUAAAGGGCAUUGUUCUGAAUAAUUUGCCUCGUCUGGGCAACUAGAGGUGCGGUGUUACAUCAACCCCGAGAGCAUAAUAAUAAAAUGGAAAGAUCUGGUUGUUGCGGGUUA